UUUGGCAGGAGUGUCCCGAAGUGUAACUAUUACAGCUUGCAUAUAUUAUGACGGUGACGAAACUUGGUUGGAGGGAUGCCUUAAACUCUAUACGAGGUGCAAGAAAUUGUGCUAAUCCUAACUUUGGAUUUCAGAAACAGUUACAAGACUGGGAAAAUGAGGGCCUUGAAGAAGCACGACGAAAAUUCAAAAAUAAAUAUCCAGACAAUGCUUUUGAUGAUGAGAAGGAAUGCAGUGCCUUGUUAAAAUGCUACAACCAUUUUCUAAUGACUGGAGAGACUAGAAAUCAACAAUUAUAUUCCCUCCCACAUAAAGCUUACAAGGAAAGAACUAAACCUGAUACAAAAUCUGACUGUGUACCUAAUGAUGACACUUUACCUAGUGUUUCAAAGACAGAAAGUGAAAAUAAAGACAGCGAGAGAACUGUGCAAUAUGAUUCAAGAAAAAGUGCUGACUGUGAGAAUAACAAAUUAUCAGAUGUGACAGGUCAAAAACAAUUUGCAUAAUCAGUUAGGAAAUUACAAAUAAUUCAAAGAUCUGUCACAGUGCCUCAAUUUACGUCUCAUGGUGUGCAUGUAAGAGAUGAUUUAAUUAACCGCUAUAGAGUUAAAUUGUAGACAUUAAAAGAAACCUCCUGAAUUAUGAAUAUCAUCUUUUUCUCUGAACUAUGAUUAUUUAAGUACAUGUAUACUGAUAAAAACUUGGCAGGGAAAGUAUUUUAAAUAUGACAUUUUAUCUUUAGAAACUUUAAAAGAACUGUGUAAGUUGUAAAAUAUUUUAAGCCAAAUCUUAUUUAUAUACUGGAUAAUCUGUAUCAAACACUGUCAAUAUUCUACUAAAAGCAAUGGUACAUGUAGUUCAUCUGUACAAAAAAAAAGAACAUUUGUGUGAAUUUUUGUUCUUUGUGAAGUUUGCACAGCUUAUCACACACAGUAGGGCUUUAUUGUAUGCACACACUAUUUUUCUGCAGCAAUCUUGAUAAGAUUAUAAUUAUAGUAUGAUUGGGAAUGUCUUUGAAAGUAGUUAAAGGCCCAUUAUGCCACAGAAAUGCUAUCAAUUUUAUUUCUCAAAAACUUGCCACAUACAUGAACCUUUUUUUCUACUUUUGCUCUGUUGUCAAUUAAUAUAAUUAUAGUGAAUUAGUAUUUUGUAUGGCAUCAUGCUACUUUGUUUACAUUUAGCUACCUUGAUGACACAGUCAGCCCUACUCUUUCAGUUGUUUAACAUCGAAUCGGCUCUAAAUUCAGUAUCAAAACAUUUUUACACAAAUGAUAGACAUUUCUAACGAAUUGAAAAGAUAUGGAUUUCUGAGGUAUAAUGUGCCUUUUAACCCUUUCGCUGCCAGAGGGUUAUUGUUUUAUUGAUCAUCUUUUUGCCAGAGGGUUUUCUAAAAAAUUACUAUAUUAUUAAUUAAUAUAAUUAUUAUUAUUAUUUGUUAUUAGUAUUAUAAUAAUUAUAUAUGUUUCCAAAUAUGCUAGUAU